AUGUCCAGCAGUCAAAAGCCCAACGGCGGCGUCUCAGACGCAGACCUCGACACCCCGGAGGGCAAGAUCCGCGCCUGGCUCACCCUCGACCGUCGCGAGGACGGACACCUCAAGGCCGGGGACUGGAUGGCCGCCCUGGUUCCGUACCUCGAUGUCCACGCCACAUCGACCGCCCAGCCGCACCCUUCCGUCACAUUCACCUACACGGUCCAGCCGGACCACUGCAACCGCCUCCUGAGUCUCCAUGGCGGCGCCGCUGCCACCCUCUUCGACUUCUGCACCACCAUGCCCCUGUCCCUUGUCAACCGCCCGGGCUUCUGGCAGUACCUCGGUGUCACCCGCAACCUCAACGUCACCUAUAUGCGGCCUGCCCGGGCCGGUGACGAGGUCCUCAUCGAGACGCACAUUGUUCAGGUCGGCAAGAAGCUCGCCACCCUGCGCGGCGAGAUGAGGCGCAAGAAGGACGGCCAGCUGCUGUGCAUCUGCGAGCACCUCAAGGUCAACAUUGAUCCCGAUGUCAACUUGUAA